CCCACAGCGCACGCGCAGCGUUCCCACAGUCUACGGUGCGCCGAGGAAACAACAAACUGCAACCGCUCAUCAGGACCGGCCGUUAGUUCUUUAACUUUGAGCCCAUCUGAAGGCCGUGGCCGCUGUGUCAGAGCGGCUGCAGGACAGAGAAGGAGGGCCGUGCUAAAUGUACCGUGGCCGCCCCACGGAGAAGUCGGUGUGUCCGGUAGGAUGUUGGCAGCGACAGACCACUGAUUGAUCGGUUAACCCGUGUAACCCUCACCGUGUGUCCGCUGACAGAGAACUAAACUGCUGCUGUAUUCCGCAGCUAACGUGCUAGCGCUUAAGCUACACGCUAACAGGCUAACAGCAGCGGCAGCUCCCGGUCACGCUGUGUCUUUCUGUCGUCAUGGAUCGGUUAAAGUCAACCAUGCCAUCGGCCCGGUAGACGGAACUACACCCUACUCUUAGCUGCUGGCCGCGGAGCUACCAUCAGCUGUGACACAUCUGGACGCAGUUAGCCCUUCGUGUAGCGGCCGAGGAUGGUCGUAGUUACGGCGGCUGCUCCGGAGAAACGGCCCGUCCCCACUGGACCAGGACAGACCCGCCUAGCGUUCAUGUAAACCCGUGUGUCACACCCGGCAGCAGCCAUGCAGGCGACCCAGCUGCAGUACGACUUCUUCAGCGAGGACAACGCUCCGAAGUGGAGAGGCCUGCUAGUUCCGUCCCUGGGGAAGGUCCUGAACCAGGUGCACCCUAAUCUGGUGUCUCAGCAGGAGGCGCUGCAGUACAUUGAGGAACUCAUCCUGCUUUUACUCAGCAUGUUGUGUCAGGCCCAGCCUCGCACUGUGCAGGAUGUGGAGGAGAGAGUCCAGAAGAGUUUUCCCCACCCCAUCGAUAAGUGGGCAAUUGCCGAUGCCCAAGCAGCCAUCGAGAAGAGGAAGAGGAGAAACCCACUGGCUCUGCCUGUUGACAAGGUCCAUCCAUUGCUCAAGGAGGUGCUUGGGUAUAAGAUUGACCACCAGGUGUCAGUGUACAUGGUUGCGGUGUUGGAAUACAUCUCUGCUGAUAUCCUGAAACUGGCUGGGAACUAUGUCAGGAACAUCAGACACUACGAGAUCUCACAGCAGGACAUCACUGUGGCCAUGUGUGCUGACAAGGUGUUGAUGGACAUGUUCCACCAGGAUGAGGAGGACAUCAGUGGGUUCCCUUUGAUAGACGAGGAGCCAUCCGCCAAUGAGGAGCAGAGUUACCACGAGCUGGUGAGGACCUUCAUGUCUGAUGGUCGGCAGUACCUGAGGCAGCUCAACCUGCUCAUCAAGGUGUUCAGAGAGCCCUUCACCUCCAGCACCAUGCUCUUCUCUCAGCAUGAUGUGGACAGUAUCUUCAGUCGGAUUGUUGAUAUACACGAGGUUACAGUGAAGCUGUUGGGGUUGAUCGAGGACACGGUGGAGAUGACAGAUGAAGGAAGUCCUCAUCCUCUGGUGGGAAGUUGUUUUGAGGAUCUGGCUGAGGAACUGGCUUUUGACCCCUAUGAGACUUAUGCUCAGGACAUCCUGCGUUCUGGUUUCCAUGAACACUUCCUGAGCCAGGUGUCCAAACCGGGCGCUGCUUUUCAUCUCCAGUCCAUCUGUGAAGGUUUUAAAGAAGCUGUUCAGUACGUUUUGCCCAGACUGCUGCUCACACCUGUUUACCACUGUCUUCACCUCUUUGAAAUGCUCAAGCAACUAGAGGAGAAAAGCAAGGAUGACGAGGAUAAAGAGUGCCUUAAACAGGCCAUCACAGCUCUGCUCAAUCUGCAGAGCAGCAUGGAGAGGAACUGCUCCAGGAGCCUGGCCAAGAGGAGGCUCAGCGAGUCAGCGUGUCGGUUCUACAGCCAGCAAAUGAAAGGAAAACACUUGGCCAUCAAGAAGAUGAACGAGAUCCAGAAAAACAUUGAUGGGUGGGAGGGCAAGGACAUCGGCCAGUGCUGCAACGAGUUCAUCAUGGAGGGCACGCUGACUCGCGUGGGAGCCAAACAUGAACGUCACAUUUUUUUGUUUGAUGGCCUCAUGAUCUGCUGCAAAUCCAACCACGGCCCACCUCGACUUCCUGGCGCUGGUUCUGCUGCAGAGUACCGUCUCAAAGAGAAGUUUUUCAUGCGGAAGGUUCAAAUCAAUGACAAGGAUGACAAGGAAGGUGAGUACCGGCACGCCUUUGAGAUCAUCCUGAGGGAUGGGAACAGCGUAGUGUUUGCCGCCAAGUCUGCAGAGGAGAAGAACGGCUGGAUGGCAGCGUUGAUCUCACUGCAGUACCGCAGCACGCUGGAGCGCAUGCUGGACACGGCCAUGCUGCAGGAAGAGAAGGAGGAGCAGAUGAGACUGCCGGAGGCAGAGGUGUACCGUUUCUCAGAGCCUGACUCAGAGGAGAACGUAGUGUUUGAAGAAAACGUCCAGUCCAAGUCAGGGAUACCUAUCAUCAAAGCUGGGACUGUCCUGAAACUGAUCGAGAGACUCACCUUCCACAUGUAUGCAGAUCCGAACUUUGUCCGAACAUUUCUGACCACUUACAGAUCUUUCUGUAAACCUCAAGAGCUGCUGGACCUGCUCAUGGAGAGGUUUGAGAUUCCGGAGCCGAAGCCGAGUGAUUUGGAUCAAAUGGAGGGUGGAGAGCAGCCACUCAGCGCUGAACUAAAACGUUUUCGCAAAGAGUUUGUUCAACCAGUCCAGCUCAGAGUCUUGAAUGUGUGCCGUCACUGGGUGGAGCAUCAUUUCUAUGACUUUGAGAGAGACACGGACCUGCUAACACGACUGGAGGAGUUCAUUGCUUUGGUCAGAGGUAAGGCUAUGAGGAAGUGGGUUGAGUCCAUCACUAAGAUCAUCCAAAGAAAGAAGCAGGUGCAGGUGAGCGCGCCCAGUCACUGCAUCACCUUCCAGAAUUCCCCCCCUUCAAUCGAGUGGCACAUCUGUAAACCAGGAAACGCCGAGCAGUUCGACCUUAUGACUCUGCACCCCAUUGAGAUUGCCCGCCAGCUCACCCUGCUUGAGUCUGACUUCUAUAGGGCGGUGCAGCCGUCAGAGCUGGUCGGCAGCGUGUGGACUAAAGAGGACAAAGAGAUUCACUCCCCAAACCUGCUGAGGAUGAUUCGUCACACCACUAACCUUACCCUGUGGUUUGAAAAGUGUAUUGUAGAAACGGAGAACCUGGAGGAGAGAGUAGCUGUGGUUUCCAGGAUCAUUGAGAUUUUGCAAGUUUUCCAGGAACUUAACAAUUUUAAUGGCGUUUUGGAGGUUGUCAGUGCCAUGAACUCAUCACCAGUUUACAGAUUGGACCACACGUUUGAGCAAAUCCCAAGUCGACAGAAGAAAUUCCUGGAGGAAGCUCAUGAACUGAGUGAAGAUCACUACAAGAAGUAUUUGGCCAAGCUGCGGUCCAUAAACCCCCCCUGCGUCCCCUUCUUUGGUAUUUAUCUGACCAACAUCCUGAAGACAGAGGAGGGAAACCCAGACUUCCUGCGCAGACACGGCAAAGAUCUUAUUAACUUCAGUAAGAGAAGGAAAGUGGCAGAGAUAACAGGAGAGAUACAGCAGUACCAGAACCAACCAUACUGUCUGAGAGUGGAAAAUGAUAUCAGGAAGUUUUUCGAGAACCUGAAUCCACUAGAGGAUAUGUUGGAGAAGGACUUUGCAGAUCAUCUCUUCAACAAGUCUUUGGAGAUUGAACCUCGAAAUGCCAGAUCGCUACCUCGAUUUGCAAAGAAGUACACCUGUCCUCUGAAGUCCCCGGGGAUCCGUCCUACCUCUGCUAGGCCAGGCACCAUGAGACACCCAACGCCACUGCAGAAUGAGCCCAGGAAGAUAAGCUACAGCCGCAUCCCUGACAGUGAGACUGAGGGGGGGGGCAUCUCUGCCCCCAACUCCCCCCGGACCCCCUUAACUCCACCCCCAGCUUCAGCGGCCUCCAGUUCCACAGAUGUAGGCAGCGUGUUUGACUCGCCACAGGCACCCAGCAGCCCCUUCCACUCCACCUGCGACAGUAUCUUUGCUGUGGUGUCUCUGCCUCAUGGCCCACGGUCUUCGUCUGUGUCCUCCAUGGUGAGUUUCAGUCGGGGUUUAGAUGAUGUUCCUCUUCCUCCUCCUGUUCCUCCUCGCAGACGUCCAGAGUCUGCUCCUGCCGAGUCCUCCCCAUCCAAGAUGAUGUCAAAGUUGGACAGCCCUCCUGCCGUGCCCCCUCGUCAGCCCACCUGUAAGCUGCUGCCCCCUCGUUACUCAUCUUCGUUGUCUUCAUCUCCUCCUGACAGCCCUCCCUCUCUGCCUCCUCGGGAGCCCCUUAACUCACCUCUGCACCUCCUACCCCCUCCUCAGGGUCGUCUCCGCUGUGACUUGCUGCCUCAGGCCUUCUUUCCUGCAAACAUCACUUCCCCUCCCCCAGUCACUUCUACCUCCGCUGCCUCGUCCUCACCACCUCUCCCACCCGUUACCCCCAGCCCCACUCCCACUUCUAGGAAGAUGCCUCUUCCUUCCCCACCUCUCCCACUUCUCCCUAUGGAUGGGCCGCCUGUACCUCCUCGACAUGGUGUCCCCAAGCUUCCCCCUAAAACUUACAAGAGGGACUCUGUGAGCCACGCCCCUCUUUUGGAUACACCCCCAGCCCUCUGACUGGACAGCCUGACCUUCUCUGGUGAGGAAAGGGCAGUGGAUUUGACAGCCAGUGGAGAAGGCAGGACUACAAGGCUAACACUACACCUGACUGACUGACUGACUGGAUCUAAAAAAUAUGCUUGACCAAUCAGGACAAUAAGCUCUGAUUCAGAUUGACAAAAUAAAAUACAUAUUAUGUGCUCUUAUUCUGAAAAAAAACAGAACUGAUUGUGGAGAACCAGCUGGACCUCUUCUAAACUUUUGAACAGAUUGUGAGUAAUGCAGUUCCCAGCCUGAAGUGGACUCUAGGUGGGUAAGGAGCCUUUAGUUCCUGGAACAGAACCAUAGAGGUACUGUGGUGGUUCUGUUUGACCGGCUUGAUUGUUAAUGAAACUAUAAAAAAGUGUCUUGAUUCUUUGAAAAACAAGGGAAUAAACAUGUUUCUAUCACUGAGUUGGAUUGUGACAGAAAA